GUCUCCCCCCUCUCCAACCCUACCCCCGUACUCUACCUCACGAAAGCUGCCCCGGUACGCCCCGCAACACCAUAAACGCGACGCCCAGAGAAGAUGUGAGUGCGUUAAUGCCUAGGAUCGUACGCUGCGAGCAUCUACAUAUUCACCCCGGACCUUUCUCCCGGUCUCGACCGUCUCACUCCAUCUCCGUCCCAUCCACCUGCAGCUAGCAGCGGCCGCGCGCGCUGUGGAUCAUAAGCAAUCUUCCAUGGAGCCGCCGCCUUCUCCGCUGGGCACCGGCGCCGGCGCUGUCUGCUGCAUGUGCGGCGAUCGCGGCCUGCCGCACGAGCUGCUCCGCUGCAAGCUCUGCCGCGUCCGCCUGCAGCACAGAUACUGCAGCGAUCUGUACCCGAGGGCCACGGCGUAUAGGAGGUGCAACUGGUGCCUGAGGGAGCCCGCAGAAGCCCACGCCCAACCCCACGCUCACCCGGUGGCUAGCAAGAAGGCGGACAAACGGAAGAUGGUGGCAUCAACGGAGACGUCCACCUCCGACGAGGAGGAGCGGCGGCAGCACGAGGCCGGAUGCGCCACUGCUACGAGGUCCAGGAGAUCGGCUGCGGAGGUUGGUAAGCCGGUCAAGAAGCCCAAGGUCGACGAGAGGCCACCGCUGCCCCCGUCGCCGGGCACGGCAGCGAAGGGGAACAGCGGCGACAAGAAGCCCAAGGUCGACGAGACGCCAGCGCUGCCUCCGUCGCCGCGCACGGCAGCGAAAGGGAACAGCGGUGACAAGAAGCCCAAGGUCGAUGAGAGGCCGGCGCUGCCUCCGUCGCCGGGCGCGGCAGCGAAGGGGAACAGCGGUGACAAGAAGCCCAAGGUCGAUGAGAGGCCGGCGCUGCCUCCGUCGCCGGGCACGGCGGCGAAGGGGAACAACGGCGACAAGAAGCCUAAGGUCGACGAGUGGACGGCGCUGCCCCCGUCCCCGGGCACGGCGGCGAAGGGGAGCAGCGGCGACAAGAAGCCGAUGCAAGCGGGGAAGUUGGCGCGGCCGGGUAGGGUGAAGGUGAGGAGGUACAAGCUCCUGGCAGAGGUGAUUAGCUGCUAGCCAGGAUCACGGAAUCAAAAGGGGAAGUAGCUGGCAACUUAGCCAAAUAGCUAGCCAACAUCGACAUUGGUGAUUUGGUGUCGAUGUAUGUACAUAUCGUUUGCCCGUCGUGUACGGGUUUCCCCUCUCUUUUUUGGGAGAGAGUCGACUACCGUGGUAGCGCUGUACAGAUCUUAAACCGUCAGUUUUAUAUACCAGUUGACGUGCA